GGCACAGCUGGAUGAAGAAGGACAGUUUCUGGUCAGAAUAAUUUACGAUGAUUCCAAAACUUAUGAUCUGGUUGCUGCUGCAAGCAAGGUCCUUAAUCUAAAUGCUGGGGAAAUUCUUCAAAUGUUUGGGAAGAUGUUUUUUGUGUUUUGCCAAGAAUCUGGUUAUGAUACAAUUCUACGUGUCUUGGGCUCAAAUGUCAGAGAGUUUUUGCAGAACCUGGAUGCCUUGCAUGACCACCUUGCUACUAUUUACCCGGGUAUGCGAGCCCCUUCCUUUAGAUGCACUGAUGCGGAGAAGGGGAAGGGACUCAUUCUGCAUUACUAUUCAGAAAGAGAAGGUCUCCAGGAUAUUGUCAUUGGAAUCAUCAAAACAGUAGCUCAACAGAUCCAUGGUACAGAAAUAGAUAUGAAGGUUAUUCAACAAAGAAAUGAGGAAUGUGACCACAUUCAAUUUUUAAUUGAAGAGAAAGAGUCUAAAGAAGAGGACUACUAUGAAGACCUUGACAGAUUUGAAGAAAAUGGUACCCAAGAGUCUCGCAUCAGUCCCUAUACUUUCUGCAAAGCCUUUCCUUUCCACAUAAUAUUUGACAGAGAUUUGGUGGUCACGCAGUGUGGCAAUGCUAUAUACAGAGUCCUUCCACAGCUGCAGCCAGGAAACUGCAGUCUUUUGUCAGUUUUCUCCUUGGUCCGGCCUCAUAUUGAUAUUAGUUUCCAUGGGAUCCUCUCACAUAUCAAUACAGUCUUUGUACUGAGGACCAAGGAGGGGCUGUUGGAUGUGGAAAAGCUGGAGUGUGAGGAUGAACUGACUGGCACAGAAAUCAGCUGCCUACGCCUGAAAGGGCAAAUGAUCUACUUGCCUGAAGCAGACAGCAUUCUUUUUCUUUGUUCGCCAAGUGUGAUGAACUUGGAUGAUUUAACCAGGAGAGGUUUGUAUCUGAGUGAUAUUCCAUUGCAUGAUGCUACACGCGAUCUGGUGCUUCUGGGAGAGCAGUUCAGAGAGGAAUAUAAACUGACUCAAGAGCUUGAGAUCCUCACUGACAGACUGCAGCACACACUGCGUGCACUGGAAGAUGAAAAGAAAAAGACAGACACAUUACUGUACUCUGUUCUACCACCAUCAGUGGCAAAUGAGCUGAGACACAAGCGUCCUGUUCCAGCUAAGCGAUAUGACAAUGUGACCAUUCUUUUCAGUGGCAUUGUUGGAUUCAAUGCCUUCUGUAGUAAACAUGCCUCUGGAGAGGGAGCCAUGAAGAUUGUUAAUCUUUUAAAUGAUCUUUACACAAGAUUUGAUAUCCUGACUGAUUCACGAAGGAAUCCAUUUGUUUAUAAGGUGGAAACAGUUGGGGACAAGUAUAUGACAGUGAGUGGUCUACCAGAGCCUUGCAUUCAUCAUGCACGAUCUAUCUGCCACCUGGCACUGGAUAUGAUGGAAAUAGCAGGCCAAGUUCAAGUAGAUGGUGAGCCUGUACAGAUAACAAUAGGAAUCCAUACCGGUGAGGUAGUCACAGGUGUCAUAGGCCAAAGGAUGCCGCGUUACUGUCUGUUUGGAAAUACCGUCAAUCUAACAAGCAGAACAGAAACUACUGGAGAAAAGGGAAAGAUCAAUGUCUCUGAAUACACUUACAGGUGUCUUAUGACACCAGAAAAUUCAGAUCCUCAAUUCCACCUGGAAUACAGGGGUCCAGUUUCUAUGAAGGGGAAAAAAGAACCAAUGCAGGUUUGGUUUUUGUCCAGAAAGAGUACAGAGACAGAGGAAGCAAAGCAAGAUGCGUUCUGAGCUGAGGGAAGAAGAGGACGCUGGAUAGGGUGCAAUGCUGCCUCCAAAUAGGGUCCCAGGCAGUAAGGUUGAGUCAUGGAUGUUAUUUCACGUCAUGUCUCCAUUGCCAUGUGCAGUACUGUUGUCUUUUGCCUUAAUUCUGAAAUCAUGCUCACCAUUUUUCUCCAGGCUUGCUUGCUAUUUUUUUUUUUCCUUAAUGUGUGGUAUUGUUGUAUGUCUGCUAUGAGCAUGUAUUUCAAGCUUUCCUUUUCUUGAUAUGCGUUUUUGCACGUCAGUCAUGUGGCCCUUCCUACCACCAGAUAAUAAUGAAUAAAGUUUUGUAGUAUGCACGCCACGACCAACCAAUGUGAUGCUUCACAACUUCAUCUUCAUCUCUGAAGUAUAGUGAUUAUGUGAAUUGGUGACAUUUCUGGAAAGAUAGGUUUUUCAGUUGUUGGGCAGAACAAUGAACCUGAAGAACUAUUUUUUAAAAUAAUACCUAAAGCAGCAUUAUUAUCGUAUAAAUGUUGUUUAUCAGAUUUAGUUCUGCUAUUACCAUGCUUCCCAUUCAUUUUGUAAAUACCACUUGAUGCACUCGAAAUUCC